GGUUACUAUUUAACGUUGCACACACGGAUGUUAUUUCAUGUGGCACACACUGACUUCCGGUCUCUUUCCCCCUAGCCACCGGACGAGAUGACUAAGGGAACAUCAUCCUUUGGAAAGCGCCGAAACAAGACGCACACUUUGUGCCGUCGGUGCGGGGCCAAAGCCUACCACCUGCAGAAGUCUUCAUGCGGGAAGUGUGGCUACCCUGAGAAGCGCAAGAGAAAAUAUAACUGGAGUGCCAAGGCUAAGAGGAGAAACACCACUGGCACUGGCCGUCUGAGGCACAUGAAGGUUGUCUACCGGAGAUUCAGGAAUGGAUUCAGAGAAGGCACCACUCCUAAACCCAGACGUGCUGCUGUGGCUGCCUCCAGUUCAUCUUAAAUUUUGUUUAAAUAAAAACUGGUCAUAAACGA